AUGGCCAAUUGCAGCAUCAGCCGUCUAAUCAACCUGACUCCAAUCUCCCUAGACGCACUCGAAGGCAUCUGCGCUCGCGCAUUUCCCAAUGACCCUGCCGCUCUCCUCCUUACAGGCGGCGAUCCGUCUCUGAUUGGGCCCCAGUUCCGCGCAAUCAUCGCAGCAGGACACCUCGCUGGGGAGGUCUACAUCGCAAGCGCGAAGCUCUCAAGCUCGGACGCUCACGCAGAGAAAGAUGUGCCGGUUGCGGUUGCGGUGUGGUUCCCACCUAGAACGAGCCUGUGGUCGACGGAAGAACAGCGUCAGCUCGGCUUCUACGACUUCGUCUCGAAGAUCGAACCUGUGACUCGAGAAUGGUUGGAAACUACUAAGUACAAGGAAGAGAUCGGCAAGUUCUUCAACGAUAGCAUCAGUCCAAAUACGGACGUCAGCUCCUGGGUGUGCAACGCCAUUGCGAUCGACCCAGCGUACCAGAGGCAAGGAAUUGGUUCGGCUCUCAUCCAAGAUAUGGUUCAGAAGAGAGGAGGUACUCGUUCAUACCUUGCCCUCUGCGCAACGAAUGAAAAAAACGCCGAGUGGUACAAAAAUCGCAGGUUUUCUCUCAAGGGGCAUAUCCCAAAGUUCACUGGGCCAACAGGAUCUGUUCCUGUCUACGCAUUGGGCACGAGCGUAGAGUAG